AUGUAUCUUAAAUUUUGGUUUACUACAAUGUUAUUAAGAUCGUUGUCCGCUUAUUAUGUUCCCGAUGAUAUAGAUUCAUUAACAAAUACUAAGUCAACAUGUGAUUGUGAAAAUGGUGGUACAUGUAUUUUGGGUGCAUUUUGUGCAUGUCCAGUUGCUUAUACUGGUCGAUAUUGUGACACACCUGUAUACACUAGUUGUGCUAUAUUCAAAGAAUAUGAUAUAAUUGAAACGGAUUGUGUGUUGUGUAUUUGUAUCAACAGUUUAUUAGUCUGCGAUGUUCUUCCAUUCGGUUUAUGUCGUCAUAAACGUGAUAAUAAUCAACAUUUAUAUCGUACAAAACUAAUUGAAAUUGCACUAAAUUCCAUACAACAACGUUUUUCUCAAAUUCGUUCAUUUAUUUCAGCAGAGAAAAAAAAUUUAGCUGUAUAG